UGUAUCAGCUGAUCCGUCACGUGGUCUGGUGUCGUGGGUCACCCUUUUUGCAAAAUGGAGUUGUCUGAGUCUGUGCAGAGAGGGCUGCAGUCUCUCGCCGGCGCGUCCACCCUCGAUCAGAGCGGCUUUCAAGCGCUGGUAGACGUGUCUUUCCGGAGUCUGCUCUCCUCCCACGGCGACCCAGCGAUCCUCGAUCAACCCGAGCUGAAGCAGAUCGACAAAAUCCUCCUGAAGCAGAUUCACACAGCAGCGAUCACCUUUAUACUGGAGGCGGUCAAACACAACGCAGACAAGUCAACAAUAAGCUCCAGUCUAGAAGAGCUCACAUUCAGCGCAGAGAGGAUAGAGAUAUUUUAUAGCACAUAUGAGAAACAUAAAAAAGACCUGAGACGUGUUUUAGGGAGCAUUGGAAAUCGUCCACCUCACAUUACCGACGUUUCCUGGCGUCUUCAGUACCACACGAAGAACGCGCACCUAGACAAGGUCAACGAGCCUUCCUACUUGAUAUCACUGAGCACUGAGAAGGGAGGGUCCUCGGAAAACAUCGACUUCACCUGCACAGUGGAGCAGCUGCAGGAUUUGGUGGGAAAGUUGAAAGACGCUGCCAAGAGUGUGGAGAAAGCCAGUCAGAUACCCACCGAUUCCCAGCCGAGCCUCCAGGAUUUUCUGUUCCUGUCUCCCAACAUGCAUCGGACGACCAGGAUAAAGAUCACUGAGCUCAACCCUCACCUCAUGUGCGUCCUGUGCGGAGGAUACUUCAUAGACGCAACCACCAUCAUCGAAUGUCUUCACUCAUUUUGCAAGAUGUGCAUCGUGCGCUACCUGGAAACCAGCAAAUUCUGUCCCAUCUGUGAUGUACAAGUGCAUAAAACCAAGCCACUGCUCAACAUUAGAUCUGACAAAACCCUACAGGACAUUGUGUACAAACUGGUCCCCGGCCUCUUCAAAAAUGAAAUGAAGAGGAGGAGAGACUUUUACGCGGAGCACCCCGUAGAUGCUUCAAACGGAUCAAAUGAGGAUCGCGGGGAGGUUGCAGACGAAGACAAGAGAAUAAUCACAGACGACGAGAUCAUCAGUCUCUCCAUUGAGUUCUUUGACCAGAGCAGACUGGGAGUUGCAGCCGAGGAGAAGCCGUCUAAAGAUCAGGCGGCCAACAAGAGGUACCUGCAGUGUCCAGCAGCCAUGACAGUCAUGCAUUUGAGGAAGUUUCUACGCAGUAAAAUGGACAUCCCAAACCUCUACCAGGUUGAAGUCAUGUAUGAAGAUGAACCUCUGAAAGAUUACUACACAUUAAUGGAUAUAGCAUAUAUCUACACCUGGAGAAGGAACGGCCCGUUGCCGCUGAAGUACCGGGUCCGACCCAGCUGUAAGAAGAUGAAGGUGAGCCAGAGCAGCGCGAGCAGAUCCGGUCCGGAGAGCGACUCCGCCAGCGACAAAGCCGGAAGUCCGUCCGGGGCUCCGUCCACGUCCUCGUCGCUGCCGAGCCCCGGCACGCCUGCGCAGUCCCCUCACCCUCAGCUCCCGCACGUCCCCAACAGCGUCAACGGAACUCCCGCCGCACCGGCCACGGCCACGACCCCGACCCCGACCCCGGCUCCGGCCCCAGCCACGGCCUCGACCCCGACCCAGACUGCGACCCCGGCUCGACCUUUUACUCAGUUCAGCAGCAGCAGCAGCGGCGGCGGCGGCGGCGGAGGCGGCGGUAAACCGCGGAAGGUCGCUCUGAACGGCUCGGCCACCUCCUCCGGAUGACGAGGGGCCCCGGAGCCUUAUUACCGGACCCAGCCAACGCCAGACACCCGCUCAGCUAACACCGUUCUCAUGCCAACGUAGUUCCGCUGUGUAGGCAGUGUUUCUCUCUCUCUCUCUUUCUCUCCAUAUGUUGUUAUAAAUACUAUGGCAUCAUUUGUAAGUUUAAACGUAGUGGAAGCGGAGACAUUUCAAAAUUAAAGGAAUGAGGAAGUAGGGCGGGGAUUUGAAAGUAAAAGCAGACUUUGAGGGAGAAGAAAAAAAAGUUGGACAAACAUUUAUAUCCCUGUUUAAAGCUACAUCUUUAUUUUUAUUUUCCAGAAGUGACUGAAGGUGUUUCGUUUCUACGUCUUUCAUCAUGAUUAUUUCUAAUGUGUUGGGAUAUUUUUAAGCGCCGUUCAAGCAUGCAUGCUCAUGAUCUUUUUUUUUUUUUUUUUUUUUUUUCCUGAAAGAGAGUGUUUGUCCCACAAAACGUCUCAUCUGGAUAUUUUUUUAUUGUUCCACUGAAAGGUAAAAAAAGAAGCUUGUGUUGCGCUGUUCUCAGACAAAAAGAAAAGAAAGAAAAGAAAAGCCCCCAGGGGAAAUAAAUCAACUUUACUUUGCCUUUUACUGGAAAAUAAAACCUUUCUUGUAGCUGCAGUGGAAUCGGAUCUUCCACGUCUUUAUGCGCCAUUUUAGAGAAUCUGCUUGUACAUAGAAACAAAAUGCAUAUUUAAUCAGCGAUGAUGGUUGUUCUCUGAAUCCGAGGGAACGACCCGGGCUCCUGUUCAGCUUCAUUUCAUGCUCAAUGACAGAUGUUUUUGAUGUCUCUGUUUUCCGUAUUUGUAUCGCUCGAUUGUAUGGACAACUUAUUGUAUUGUUACUGUUGCACAGUAUAAAACAUCUAAAUAAAACAUUUUACACUUA